ACGAGCAUUUUGCAAAAAUGAACACAUCGAAGAACAAGGAUCUUAUUUAUGCGAUGAAACCGUACAAGAUCCUGUCGUGGCCCAUAGGCACUUGGCCUCUUCAGGCUUACAACGUAUUCGCCUUUACGCGUUUCGUCUUUGCAGUAAGUGUGAUGUUAUUAAUGGAGCUGAUCCUCAACUCGGAAAUGUGUUUAAAUCCGAGCAACGUCGAGGCAAAUCUCGAUGCUUUGAUGUUCAGCCUUGUUGGCACUAUGGUCCUAUCUAAAGUGAUGAGUUUUCGUGUUUACUCGACGAAACUGAUUUUCAAUUUUGUCUCGGCGGUGAAGGAUUACAACGAACUUAACGAUGAAAAUAAGCGACUGAUAAUGCGUCGGCACGCUUACAUGGGCAGAGUAAUGUGCAUUGCCUUGAUAGGAGUCGGCAAUAUAUGCGCUUGGGUCAUCACAGCUGCACCUAUACUGAUAAACAACGAUCAUGAAAUCAAUGUCACCAUCGAAGACGCGAUAAAUUUUCCUAUGCCCUCCGAACACGUUAUAUUGCUAAUUAAGUUUCCAGAAUAUCUAUAUUUGCUUAUUUUUUUCGUUCAGUACUUGAUGAUGCUAAUCAUGGUUAUGGGCAACCUUGGUAAUGAUCUGAACAGUAGAAUAGUACAAGAAAUUAUUUGGAAGAAAGUAAUCUUGCGACUGAUCAGUUUUCUUCAACUUUGAACAUCAUCGAUAGGUAGUGAC